CUCUCUCGGCAGAAUUUUAUUGUGUUGAUCUGAUAGUCUCACACCAGUGGGACUGGACAGGAGACCCAGAGGUUCCCGCCGCUGGAGCUCUAAGCUGUGCCUGGCAAUGCCUCAGCCCAGCGUCAGUGGGAUGGAGCCUCCCUUUGGGGACGCCUUUCAAAACUACUCGUUUGCUGACCAGGCCCUGACCAGCACCGAGCUGCUGUCCACCAACUCUGACCCAGAUUUCAUGUAUGAGCUGGACACGGACAUGACCCAUCGACAGGGUCCCUAUGGGGACAGCAUUGUGGGGAUUGGGGAUGGAGGGAAAGAGGUGGAGGGAGGUGCGGAUCAGCUCAUGAGCCUAGGCGAGUGUGAGACCGUCUACGGCAGCUCAGCGUUUGAACAGUGGGACCCUUACUGGGAAGACCUCACCAGAUACACACGACUGGCCAGCUGUGACAUCUGGGGAACCAAAGAGGUGGACUUCCUUGGUCUGGAUGACUUCUCCAGUCCUUACCAGGAUGAGGAAGUCAUUGGUCAAACACCAACACUGGCACAGCUCAACAGCGAGGAUUCCCUGCCUGUGUGUGAGGCACUCUGUCCUCCUGUAGACCUGAACCUUCCUGCCCCCCAGCUUCAGCCCCAACCUCCACAACUCUCUUCUCACAAUAAAAGACACCCCGUUCCUGGCCAUGGAUCGAGCCCCAGCUCAGUCCGACCAUCUCCAGGCACCACAUCCUCCUCCCAGUCUCGUCCUUCACGCAGCCUCCUUCCAGAUUUCCCCGAAGGCUCCCAAAGAGCAACUAGACCCAUUCCUUCCAGCACUGAGACUAUGGCCAAGACCCAGAACCUGCUCAGUGUCAGCCAGGACCACGGGCAGGUUCAAAUCAAGCCUGUGGGACGAGGAACUAAGACUGUUGCACUGACGUCCCACAACUCUGACUUUGUGCGGAAAGCUAAAGUACGAGUGAGUUCAGCGCUCCGAGCUGAAGGUGACAGGCCUGCCCUGGCAGAUUUUGAAAAGUCGGACCCUCCUGUGCCCCUCUCCCAGCCUCCAGAUGUAAAGCCCUCCACCUCUGUCAGCAUCACUUUAGUGGGACUCUCUGCCCCUGCAACCAACAGCUCUGUCAGCCUGGCGAGCUUUGAGAAGAAAGCAGAAGGGACAACAAGAAGAGAGGUCCCAACUCGUGGCGCUGAGGCCAACCAGACAGUGGGCGGUGCCUCUGCGAUGGGGGACAGCGGCGAUGUGGUGGGGGUUAACGAAGGAGGUGGUGGUAGCUCACUGGCUGUCGAAGACUCUGAGCUAAGCAAGGAGGAAGAGCACAACUACUCUCUGUUCCUGACCCGAAGCAGAGCUCACGCUCAGCUAGAGGAAGAUGAUGACAAGGACGACGACGAGGAGGAAGCAGAGGAGGACGAAGGUGAUGGGCUGGAGUUGGACGAUGAAGACCACGACGAGGGUUUUGGCAGUGAGCACGAGCUGUCCGAAAACGAUGAGGAGGAGGAGGAGGAGGAAGAAGAGGAGGAUGAAGAUUACGAGGCAGACAAGGACGAUGACAUGAGUGACGCCUUCUCUGAGCCAGGCUGCGACAUGGAGCUGACGGAGGACAUUAAAGGCCUGACAGCUGGAGUCUCCAGUCGGAAAAGAGGCAAGCGUCGUUACUUCUGGGAGUACAGCGAGCAGCUCACCCCCUCCAAACAGGAGCGUAUGCUGAAGCCAUCUGAGUGGGACAGACAUACGUUACCUAGCAACCUGUACCAGAAGAACGGGCCUCUCCAUGGGAAGUACAUGCUGAAGAAGUCUCGACGCACCGAUGUGGAAGACCUAACGCCGAAUCCUCGCAAGCUGCUGCAAAUCGGCACAGAGCUUCGCAAACUGAACAAGGUGAUCAGUGACUUGACCCCCGUCAGCGAGCUGCCGCUGACCGCACGGCCACGGUCCCGCAAGGAAAAGAACAAGCUGGCAUCUAGGGCUUGCCGUUUAAAAAAGAAGGCCCAGUAUGAAGCAAAUAAAGUGAAGCUUUGGGGACUCAGUACAGAGUAUGAUCGGUUACUGUUUGUGAUCAACGCCAUCAAGGAGGAGAUCGUGCAGCGAGUCGAGGACUCGUCACCUCGUCAGACCAACAUGACGGAGACUCUGGAGCGACUCAUCAAGGAGACACUUGUGCCAUCACCUGUUGCUGGGCAGACUUCAGACUUUGUCAACAAGAUCUUGGAGAACACAGGACGUGGCGAUCCCACGGGCGGUCUGGUCGGCCUGCGGGUCCCCACCUCUAAAAUCUAGACAGAACGCCGUCAGCUGCGAGGAGUGGACUAAUUGUUACCACCGUGCUGUCCAGUUGUAACUAUGCUCCCCUCUGCAUGCCCCGCCAACUCAGAGUAAAUACACAUCGUCAGUCACUCAAACACACAUACCACUCCCCUGUGCGUAUGUAUGUGUAAUUCUUUCGGCCAUGCAGCUGUGUGGCACACCCUGGCUUUCUGUCUCUACUGCGUGCAGAGCUGGCGCAUCACUGUCUCCCAACCCAUAGUGAUCGUUCAUUGGGAGAAGCACGUCUAAAGUGAUAGUUAGGUGUAUUUCAAUAGCACGUUUCCUAAAUCCUCUGGUGGUUAUUAGAUGUCUGUGGCCCUGCGAUGGACUUGGGUCCAGGGUGUCCCCCGCCUCUCGCACAGUGCUUAUGGAGAUAGGCACCAGCUCCCCCACAACUCUGAAAGGAAAAAGCGAGUAAAGAAGAUGGAUGGAUUAUUAGAUGCGCUUCACGUAGCCUUCUACAGAACUGAAACGGACAGUCACGAGUAUAACCACUGGAAUUUGUUUGAGGUGGUAAUGAAGUCAGAAGAAAACUUGUUACAUGCCUGACACAAUCAAAAGAUGAAAGACGUAUUUUUUUAUUUGGAGGUUUAUUCCCCACACUUUGCAAAAAUAAAACUAAACCCAGGAUAUUCAAUUGACCCAUUCACUAAAGCACUUUGAGGAAAAAAUGGCUCUGGUAGCCAAGAAAGCUGCGGAGUAAACAAAACAAGAAAAAGCAGGGUGGCAGGAAAUAUUUUAUACUGAAGUCCUAAAUAUCUUCACGCCAUCCCCUGUUUGCCAAUCAGCUCUGCUCUUGUAAAAAUAGCUUUAGUAAAUUAAUGCUAUAAAAGAUGCAAGCAUUCACCUAACACCCUGCUGGUUCGAAACAUAUCCAGCAGGAGAAAGCUUUAUGUUGCCCUCAACAACAGGAAAUGGUUGGCCAUUUGAAGAGGAAUCGUAUGUAGCAUGGCGUUUUGUGCUGGUCAUAACUGGACUGGAUGAAAAUUAGCUUUUUGCCAGUAUGGGAGGCGGCGAAGAAGAGGAAGAUACAAAUUGUGGGGAUAAAGACGAGAUAAACAACGAUCCAUCUCCUCCAGGAAACUGUAUAUAGAAGUGUCUCCCAGGCACCGGCUCUGUUUUUCUUUUUCUUGUUUUUUUUUUUUGUACAGUAGAUUUGAUCGGGUAGUGUGGUGACGACAGCUUGACGUGUUCAUACUCGUGUUUGAUCAGAGUUCUCUUCAUCGUGCCUUGUGUAUGUAUGCGUCGUGUUUGUGUGAGAAGGACUGAACAAGACGAGGCGUUCGGACUCGCCGCGGGUCCGUCGUAGACGAGGAGUUCGUUAGUGAGCGAGAGGAUGGACAGCUUGAAUAUAUUCUGAAUGUACAUAAACAAAUGGAAGCUCUUGUUGCGUGAUGCCACAGAGUCUGUGUAUAUAGGAGGGCUCUGCAAUAGAUUACUUUUGGUUUUUGGUACUCUUCUUUGGGGGAUCCGGGUGGGGGCUAACAGAUAUUUUUGGUUUAGAGUUACAAGAAAACAAAUAUUUGCACACUAUAUUUUAAUUGUUUUUUGUACCAAAGACACAUGCAACGAAAAUGGCGACCAGCCAGUUAAAGUAAGGUUUUGCACAGCUUACCUGACGCAGUAUUGAAUGUAAGAAAUGUGGGAGGGUCAGGGAACUUCCUAGAACUGUGAAAUUAGCUUGGGUCCAAUUCUGUACAGAAAAGGAACAUUCAGUUUGUCUUUUUAAGUCUAAAAUUUACUCCCUGAUAUGGGCUUCUUUAAUACAUUGUAUUUAAUUUUGUUUGCUUAGGAAGCACUUCAUUCCUGAACCUAUUUCUCCCUUGACAUGCUAAAUGUGUUAAUGGCGCAAAUAGGAUUUAAAACCCACAGCGCUGCUAGAUAAGCUAUUUUACUUUUUCUUAUUUUUUUGUGUUCGUCAAUAACCCCCCAAAAAAUGUUUCUGUCACUCGUUUCAUUUCUGUAUUUAGUUCACAAGCAAACUGAACUGUGUUUAAAAGUACUGUAUAUAAAUAUUAAUUCGAUAGCUGGUAAUGGUAAAACGCCACUUUUCAAGACAAUGAUUCUUUUUUUUUUUAGCAUGUCGUUUCUCGAGCUUGCCCUCGCAUUGGAAAAAGUUAGACGCAAACACACGAAAAAUACAAACAAACAAAAAAAAGUUCUCAGUAUAUUUUUCUAUAUUAGCUGUUUGCUAGUUUUCCUGUUGGUUUGAAGGGUUUCACUGGUCAGAGAGGAUGAGGAGGAGGAAGCGAGGGGAAAAUGGUGACACUUGGCCCCCUCUGUUCUUCACUAGCUGAGUGAAAGAUGAAAAGCAGAGGCUGGAUUAUUUCAAACGCAGUAUGGUAACGCCUCACUUUCAUUAGAUUGGUUUAGAAGGAGAACAAAGCGUCUUUAAUGAGAGGGCCACACGUGGAGGAAUCAGCUGUAAGAAAACCAAAGCCACACUGAUCUGA